AUGCACCCCAAAUGGGAAAUGUUCAAGAACACUCCAAGUAGUAAAAUGGUUGGCUCAGAAACAGCCAAGCAACCUUUGGUUGUACAACAUUUCGACGACUUCGUCGUCCUGGGACGAUAUACGAUGCUCGUCUGCCUUUUGACAGAGCUCGCAUUCCUUUCACAGUUAUCUAAUACUAUGUACAUGUGGGAUAUUCACUGUGAGCGACGGUACCUGGAACGGCGGAGUACCUCAAUUCAAAUGUUUGGCGUAAUGAUUGGAUCGCUCAGUUCGGGUCAAAUUAGUUCCUCAUUCGGCAGGAAAAAGCCGAUGGUAAUUUGCUUGGCAAUGACCGGCUUACUUAGCCUGGCCACAUACUUCGUCAAUGAUCUCGUUCAAUUCACUAUUAUUCGAUUCGUUCUCGGCAUUUUCACAGGAGGUCAUUCAACAUACCUACAUGAAAGUCCACGAUGGCUUGUACAACAUGGAAAAAUCCCUGAGGCUCGUCGGGUCAUCCUCAGCAUAUCGCACAUCGACGGCGACAAGGCAAAAAUCGAUGAGAAAGUUCUUGACAGAAUUCUCCAAACUGAACAUGACGUGAGGCUUUGA